CAGCUGCGCGGUCUGGCCGGGAAGAGGCAGGUCCCGGGGGCAAAGGUCGCGCUGCAGCACAACCUGGGCCUCGGCGGGGCCGCGGUGGUGACCCUCUACGGCAUGAACUUCCCCGGAGCCAGCAUCAGACGUAUUGCAGCUGUGCCUCUCAGCGCAGCUGUUGAUGGAUUUAAGUCACAUUUGGUCUUCAAAGAGAUUGAAAAGAAGCUCCAAGAGGAAGGAGAGCAAUUUGUCAAGAAAAUUGGUGGAGUCUUUGCCUUCAAAAUAAAAGAUGGUCCUGGUGGGAAAGAAGCAACUUGGAUAGUAGAUGUGAAAAAUGGUAAAGGCUCUGUGGCAGUUAAUUCAGAUAAGAAGGCGGAUUGUACAAUUACAAUGGCUGACACUGAUCUAUUAGCUCUCAUGACUGGCAAAAUGAAUCCUCAGACAGCAUUCUUUCAAGGCAAAUUGAAGAUUUCUGGGAACAUGGGUAUGGCAAUGAAACUUCAGAAUCUCCAGCUUCAGCCAGGCAAAGCUAAACUUUAGGCUCAUUAGAGUAAACAGUCAGUACUUGAUAUUCUUGACAAAAAAGUAGAAUGAAACUAGACUUUAUCAAUAAUAUGGCACAGGCUGGGUUUGACUUGACCUCUCACCUAAAUUCUGUGGUUAGAGACCUUAAUUCUCUUAAUAAAUUCCAUCGGUUCAUCUGUGGCAAAGAUUUUUAGGCUAAGCUUGAGGCAUGAACUCUUACAAAUGGUAUAUGGUGGGUAUUUGUGACAGUUUUUGUUUUAAUCAAUAUGAAAAAUUUUAUAGAACUUUGAGUUGAAUGAGGCUUCUUACUGUUGUUCAGGUUAGUCAGGAAGAGAGUAAGGAUGGUUAUAAAUAGUUUGACAUAAUUAAAUGAAUUGCAUUUUUUUAAAAGCUGUAAUAACAGGUCAAAUGCUUUCAGGCUUCCAUUCUAACAAAUUUGCUGCUGCUUAAACUAAGAUGGUCUUAUAAAGGGGAUCUCUUAACAACAUUUUUAUAGAAUAGGCUUUAGGAAUUUGCUAUAAAAUACUUUUCUUAUUACUACUUUGGAAUUAAAAAAUAAAAUAUUCAGAAGUAAGUAGGAACUAGAAACAUUGCUUUGAGAUUCACAAGAUUUGAUAGUACUUCACCUUGAAAAAAGAUUAGGUUUGCCAGGAGAGCAGAGAGGGAGUAUAACCAACAUUCUACCUGUUUUCUCCUGAGAAAAUCUGGUGUUGAUCAUUAUGAAAUUCUUACCAGUAAUGUAAAAGCUUUAACUUCUGUUUUGGGAAAAUGUAUUCUGCUUGGAAGUUUAAUAGAAAAUUAAAUAUACUUUUCCUGUUCUUC